AUGGACCCCUUACCUGUUCAGGAGCAAAGUACUCAUCCCAUUUUAUCCCCAACAAAGGUGCAGAAGCUCGAGACGCUCGGCCUUUAUUACAAUUCGCCAGAGCAAGCUAUCAUAUGUACCAAAUGCGGUUUUGCUUUGAGUCCCAGACGCGCAUCGGAGCAUCCCGGCAAAAAGCAUGGCAUUGCCAGAUCUGCUCGGCAUGGCCUCAAGCCCCUCCUGUCCUCACUGAACCUCCCAGAUCCAGACACUUUGGCCCCCAGACCUCAUGGAUCACGACGUCACCCGUACCUUGCCGUACAAAAAGGCCUGUCUUGUAAGCACUGCGGUCUCCACUCUGCUAGUGGGAAGGUUCUGGAGGAUCACCUCAGGGCCGAACACCGCGACAAGUUGAAACUCACGGCUGAAAAGAAAAGCCGACAGCACUGGCUUCGAGACCAUAUUCAACAAGAAGUUUUGUUCCAGAGCUGGACAGCGAAUAAUACUCGAAGGUCAUGGCUCGUCAGAAGUGACAACAAGGUCAACAGCAGGUCUAUACCCAGCAGUAUUCUUCUACAGGCCAGUCCUGAUCCCAUCAAGCUUCUUGCUCAGAAGCUGUUCACCGAGGAGUAUGAUCGGUUAGAAAACCAGCAGAGUGGAGGUCGAAGGUCGCGUGUUCAAGAGACGACAGCUUCUUCCGCCUUACAGACCAACUGGCUGCGGCGCACAGGCUGGGAAACCACAUUUAGAAAAGCGCGUUGUGAUGUUCUAGUUCGCCUCACAGCGCUACCUCACUGCACGGAUAACCGACCCUUGCCUCUUGGUGUCGUUGAAGGAGAAGCCAUCAUCAGUCCGGCACGAGAUGAACGAAGGCUAUUAUUUAUGAUAGCCGCGCUUGAUCGUCUCCUGGAUCAAUGCGGUGAGACAGUCCGGACAACGGAUGUAUGUUUGAGAAGGUGGCUCCGCGGCAGGUAUCCAGACCGCCCCUACAAGAUGCCCUUCGAAUUGGUUGCAAGGCCGUCUUCCGACAAGGUUUACCGGAAAGAACUGAAACGCUUUGUCUGUUUCUGGCUCCGAUUAUUCCGAUUAUUGCCGGCGACUUUUCAGAAGGUUACAGGUCAUAGGCUGAAAAGGCAUCAGUUCAGAGUCCUACGGGAGCUUUGGGGGGAUGAAAUAUGGAAGUCUGCAGAAUAUGGCGAUGUAGACCCUGCUGCUAACAAGGAUGGAGGACACCAUGGGGACGAAGAGGAGCAUGAGGAUGAGGAUGAGGAUGAGGACGAGUUCCCAGAUGAUGACGAGAUCCAAGAUGAUGACGAAAGUGAAGAUGAUGAAAGAUACAGCGAGAUUCAAGAUGAAAGUCAGGAAAGUCAAGAGGAUCGCCCACCAGACCCUGCGCUUGAUAUUUUACUGCGCUUUUGUUACUCUGCUGUUACUGAGGAUUACGACGGCGGUGUCGCGAGCUCGACGAUGCUGGUGUAUUUCAGUGCCGUGCGUGGGCUGACGACCCCAGAAGGAGAUGAGUACUUGAAGCCUCACCGAUUCACCCCGACUUUGGCGAAACUCAUAUACUGUUCUCGAUUGAUAUUUCUCGAGGCCGUGCUGCCGCGCUUCUCGCACAUCUAUGGAGGUUUUGCGCACCCGCCGCGUCAUGGGCUGCUGCGAAGGCUCAAUGCGGCCCGCCGGGAAUAUAUGUGUGAUGGCACUUUAUCGCCCAUGGGCGAAUUCUUAAGUCUAUUAUCAUAUGGUAACGCUCUUCGCCGGUCUCAAGGGUCAUCCUUCCGAUUCUACUGGAGCGAUGAUGGCGAGGUCUUGUCCUGGGAUGGCAACCAACGACUUUCGAUGGUAGACUUCCGCGGCCUGGCUCGUGAAGUGCUGCGUUCAGUCACGGCAUCCUGCUCCCGUUUGAUGUAUGACUGGGAGCCCACUCACAUCGACUUAUCGCUGAUUCGGGAUAAUCUGUCAACGACAACACCAGGCUACUCUUUCGUGUCUGAUCCUACCAAUAACCUAACAGGCGCCUACCCCGAAUUGCUGCUGAGAGCAUGCAUAUCCCCGAUCGAUAGCUUGCUCCGUGUACAGGGCAAAGACCACGGUACCUGGAAUAUCAAAGCUACUCGAGCGUACUUGGAGGCCCACGAUGAUCAUCUGAAGGGACUCAUGGUACUAUGUAACCUUGACGGCGGUCAGUUUGCACGAAUCUCAGAGCUAUUAACGCUAGAGUGUUUCAACACUGCUUCAAGAGAGCGAGGUAUUGGCUUAUGGGGCUCAAAGAUGUGCUCAAUCACUAGGCACCACAAGGCUCGAUUGGCAACCAACAACGAGUUUUAUGUCGUACGCUUCUUCUCCAAUCCUGUUUCCCGACUCAUCUUCCAGUACCUCGUCUAUAUACGGCCAGUCGCGAUAUCAAUCUUGCGUAAAUGCUUUCAUAUCGAGCAUACCGACGCGCUUCUCUUCUCGCCACUCUCUCAAAUAGGCCCAAAAUCAACACCCUAG